AUGAAAUACUUCAGAAACAUUGCUGAAAUUGUCCUAUUUGCCAUCCAAGUCGUUGGGGAGCCUACCGAUAGGCAAAGCUCCACGAGAUCACUCACCAAACCGUUUGAGUAUCCUGCCUCGCCGACCUUUCCUGUGCCUCGUCUUCCAGAUGGGGUGGUCAUCAAUACAGAGCCAAAUUGCUUCUAUGAGCGUGGACUUGCCUACAUGAACUCAACCACGGAGAACAUUGAUCACCUGCGCGCGGUAAGUGACGAUACUUGUGGUGUUGAUGCUGGGGAUUGCAUCCGAGUGUCCUACACGAACCAAUCUGGUAUAUUCCUCUGCAAUUAUAACUCCCACCGCAUCUCAACAGAUUGUGGAAAACUUGUGCCUUUGGCAACGGAACUUCAACAGACUUGUCAGAUAGAUGACUUUUACACGUUUGGAAUUAUCAGGGGCUCUUUCCAGAACCACAGUGACCGGAUUGAUUACUACUUGACGAUUGCGGGCGCGAAGCCGUAG